UUAGUGUAUACUCAAUACAUCAUGUGAUAAAAGUGUCAAAAGAUGUUUGUGGUGGUAAAGUACUGUAGAACAAGUAGUAUUUAAGCGAGUCUUGUUUCAUCACCAUUUCAUCAAUACAAGUUUAUAAAUUUUAAGUGUUUUCUCUAAGUACGUACGUAGAAUUUGGGAUCAAACAAAGAAUCAGUCAAAAGAUGGAAGGCAAAACUGUGAUUUUAAGUGUGCUCAUAAUGAGUCUUGUCAUGGCCCAGAUUCAAGUCGAAGCAAAGAGUUGUUGCCCGAGCACGACGUCUAGAAACUGCUAUAGUGUAUGCCGUUUUGGUGCAGUAACUCCUAGGCAAACUUGUGCACAAACAUGUUCAUGCAUGAUUGUUAAUGGGGCGUGCCCUUCGGGAUAUACACAUGACAGCCUUGAAAACUCUGGUGAUAAUAUCAAUGAAUACUGCAAGAUUGGGUGUGCAUCUUCUCUUUGCGCCUUAACUACUCUUCAGAACUCUGAUGCAAGUGAAAGUGCGAAUGGAGCGGUCGCACAAUGCACCAAAGCAUGUUCUAAUUUCUGCACUAAGGGCUCAUCUAAUGCAGUUGAAACUGCCUAAUUAACAAGCAUAAACGCAAUCUAUAUAUAUGUGUGGUUGUUUUUCUUAUUUUCAAUAAAUUGUCGCGUCUGUGACAAAAUAAAUGCAACUCUUGUACUAGCUUCUACUAUUUCAAGGUUUUCUAUGUGACGUAAAAGGUUAUUAAUCCCUAGAUUGUUUACCCUUUCAUGUUGCUAUUACCUAAGUAAAGAAUAAUAUUCUGUCCUUGUCUA